CUUCCACUGCUAUCUUAGGCCUAGUUCAGACUACAGUCAUACUUCUUCUGGACUCGAAGGCUUUUUUAAAAAUUCGUCUGUUUUCACUCCUUGACCCCUCAUAUUCUGUUCUCCACACUGCAGCUAAAACGGUCUUAAAACAAAUCAGAUGGUAUCGCUCCCCUCUCUCACACUCCUUCCCACCCUACCCCCAUAGGUUUCACGAGAGCAGAGACCUUGGCUGUUUUAUUUUAUCCCUAAACAUGUGUAAUAAUGUCAUCUCAAAAGAGAGUGAAGGACUCUCAGGCUCAAAAGAGGACUUCACAAGUUAGUGAUACUUAUGAGACUAAUCUCCUGGCCGGGGAAGAAAAAGAGGACCUGAAUGACUCAAAGCGCAGCUUGAAACAUGGACAAGACAAUACAGCGGACGAUUAUGGACAUGCUGAUGAUCAAGGAGAAGAUGCUCUGCAAAUAGCAGUGAGAUACUUUGAGAAAGGUCCUAUUAAAACUUCACAGAGUAAAGAUAAAAUCUUGGAAAAACACUUGAAAACUGUGGAAAAUGUGGCUUGGAAGAAUGGGUUAGCUCCAGAAGGAAUUGACAUUCUCUUAAAUGUGGCACUCAGUGGCAAAUUUGGGAGUGCUGUAAACACUCGGAUAUUGAAGUGUAUGAUUCCAACAACUCUAAUACCAGAAGAUUCUGUGGUUAAGGCGGUCUCCUGGCUUUGUGUUGGCAAGUGUUCUGGUAGCACCAAGGUACUUUUUUAUCGUUGGCUGGUUGCAAUGUUUGACUUCAUUGAUCACAAGGAUCAAAUUAACUUGCUCUAUGGCUUCUUUUUUGCUUCAUUGCAAGAUGACGCACUGUGCCCUUAUGUCUGCCAUUUGUUAUAUUUACUUACCAGAAAAGAGAAUGUUAAACCAUUUCGCGUGAGAAAACUGCUUGAUCUUCAGGCCAAAAUGGGAAUGCAGCCUCAUCUCCAGGCUUUAUUGUCACUGUAUAAGUUCUUUGCUCCUACUUUGAUUUCUGUAUCUUUGCCUGCAAGGAAGAAGAUCUAUUUUAAGAAUUCAGAGAAUCUGUGGAAGGCAGCUCUAUUUGCUGUGAGGCAAAGGAAUCAGGGACCUCCUCCUGAACCUCUAAAGUUGAUGUUAGGUCCAGCUCAGGUGCAUCCUGUAAAAAGAAAAUGGAAUUCUUGCUCAGUUAUACCAGUGCUAAAUUCUAGUAGCUGCAGUAAAGAAUGCGGGAAAAAAGGGAUGACUCUUUCUGAUUAUCUCAGUAGCAAUGGAUCGUUUCCACUAGAGCAGCUUAAAAGCUUCCCUCAACUCUUACAGAACAUCCACUGCUUAGAGCUACCUUCCCAGAUGGGUGCAGUGUUGAACAACUCUCUGUUACUUCACUAUAUUAACUGUGUCAAAGACGAGUCUAUCUUACUGAGACUCUAUCACUGGUUGAGUCAAACAUUACAAGAAGAGUGUAUUUGGUACAAGAUGAAUAAUUAUGAACAUGGAAAAGAAUUUACCAACUUCCUGGACACUAUCAUCAGGGCAGAGUGCUUCUUACAAGAGGGGUUUUAUUCCUGUGAAACAUUCCUGUACAAGAGCCUUCCUCUCUGGGAUGGCUUCUGUUGUCGAUCACAGUUCCUUCAACUUGUGAGCUGGAUUCCUUUUAGUAGCUUCUCUGAGCUGAAACCACUUCUUUUUGACCAUCUAGCACAGCUCUUCUUUACAUCAACCAUUUAUUUCAAGUGUAGUGUUCUCCAGAGUCUGAAAGAACUACUGCAGAAUUGGCUGUUGUGGCUUUCUGCAGACAUCCACAUGAAACCUGUGAUGAACAGUCCUCUAGAGACAACUUUAGGUGGAUCCAUGAACUCUGUGUCUGAACUGAUUCAGUACGUGGGGCGGCUGUCCACUACUGCAAUGCGCUUGGAAAACAACAGUACUUUCUUACUGCACUUUAUUUUGGAUUUCUAUGAGAAGGUGUGUGACAUAUAUAUAAAUUACAACCUUCCAUUAGUGGUGUUGUUUCCUCUGGGGAUCUUCUAUUCUGCUCUUCUCAGCCUAGAUUCCAGUAUCCUGAACCAGCUAUGUUAUAUCAUGCACAGGUAUCGUAACAAUUUGACUGCUGCCAAGAAAAAUGAGUUGGUACAAAAGACAAAAUCAGAGUUCAAUUUCAGCAGCAAGACCUAUCAAGAAUUUAAUCACUAUUUGACAGCCAUGGUUGGUUGCCUGUGGACAUCCAAACCUUUCCAGAAAGGAUUAUAUAUUGACCCUGAAGUCUUAGAAAAAACUGGAAUAGCAGAGUAUAAAAACAGUUUAAAUUUAGUUCAUCACCCUGCUCUAUUGAAUUAUGCUGUUUCCUUUCUGCUACAGACUGUGUGUGUGUUAGAAGACUCAGUCUCUAAAGUAGUAAAUAUUAUCAACUUGAACAUAGGAAUGGCCAGAAGAAAGGACAGUAAGCAUGAGCUCUAUUCGGGGAAAGAAAUGGAACUGGUAUUUGGACUAUUUAUUUUCAGAGGGGUUACAAGGCUUGAAACUUUUCAUAAGAAGUAGUAUUCAUCAUUCUUCUGUCCCCUGAUCAGAGAGCAUAAACCACAGCAUCAGCAUUAAGUGAAUUUUGACUGAAACGAACUGACCAUACCGGACUAAAUUCUUUUCCUUGUUGCUAGAGAGGCCAAGUGGUUCAACUUGAGUUUCCAUAAUCUUUUCAUCAACAGACUGCCAUCCUCAGGGAGUACCUGGACUGGCCUUCUGUGCAUUGUCCAGGAGAGCCUCAGUGUGGCUAACUUUAUUUUUCAGGAUCUAAAUUCUUUAGCUCACUAGUAAAAAAUGACUUCAUCAUCAGGCUCUGCCUUCCACCGAGUUAUACAUAGAUACAUCUGUUAUGUGACAGGAUAUUUCACAUUCUUGUGGACUGUAAGUUGCAUUGAUGGAAGAGAGCAGGUAAUAUAUAGUGGCAUUUAAGCCACAGACAUACUCUUGCAAAGUGCCCUGCCUCUGAAACCUCUGGGAAUAUUGCCAUUUUCCUUAUUGUGAACAACAAUGUCAGCAUCAAGUUAACAGGAUAUAACAUUUCUUUUUUUUUUCUAACUCUAACUAGUUGGUAGCUUCCUGGGCCUUCACUGGUAGCAAUUUGAUAAGAGAAGGAAGUGGAAAGGAUUGUGGGAUAAUCUAAAAUGUUCCUAUUUAUUCCAGUUUGAUUUCACAAAACUAUACUAUUUUGUGUGUGUAUGUGUAUGUUAUAUAUAUCCCAUUUUUAAGUGGUCAGGCCCAAAUAAACAGACUUUAUUUUCAGCGAUAAUUCUGAAGCUUUAAAAAAAAAAUUAUAAUAGCUAGAAUAUCUUGCUGAAAAUUCAGCCUCACUACUACUGAGUACCUUUUCCCCUUUUAAUAAAAUUCAUAUCAUUUGAGAGGAAUUAAGCUAAGUUUACUUUUGUUUUUAAGGGCACAUUCCUUGUGGGUUUUUUUUCCUUUAAAGCAAAACAAAACUCUGUAUUAUUAGGUAGUGUUCAGACUAGAAUCCCAUUCAUUUUUUGAUUCAAUACAUAUUUAUCUAGCUUACUAUGUGGCAGAUACUCUUUUGUGUGCUGGCUGUGUAACUGUGACCAAUACAAAGUACUGCUUUUGUAGAAUUUACUACAUCCCUUUGGAGAAGGCAGACAAUAAAUAUAUAAGCAAAAAUAUAGUAUGAGGUGCUAUAAAGAAGAAGCAAGGAAUAGGGGCAGAAUAUUGAGAGGGUUGCUACUUUAAGGCCUGUUUGAGGAGGUGACCUAUGCAGAAACCCUAAUGAAAUAAGUGUAUGAGCCAUGUGAAUAUUUGGGGAAAGAGCAUUCUGGGCAGAGGUAAAGGCAAGUUGUGAAAGGCUUAAAAAUGUUAACUUAGUUAGCCCAUUUGAGUAAUAGCAGAGAGGCCAGUAAGGUUACAAUACAGUAAUUAAAGGAGAGGAGUGGUAAAAAAUGAAAUAGGAGAGAAACCAGAGAGUAGUUCAUGAAGGCCCUUAUAAUGUGUUAUAGAUAUAUAAUAGGAAGCCAUUAGAAGGAUUGAGAGCAGAGUGAUAUACUUUGAUUUACCUGUAUGGAGCUGUAGUUUGAAGGUUAGACUGAAGAAGAUUAAGGGUUAAAGUAGAGAGACCAGUUAAGUUAUUAGAGUUCCAGACAAGAGUCUUAGACUAGUGUGGUAGAUGAUGGGGAGGUGGUUAGAUAUUGGAUUUAGGCUCUAUCUUAAAGGUAGAGAAGAUAGGAUCUGCUGUUAGCUUGGAUAUGAAGAGAGGGAAAAAGAGGAGUAACGGGUGACUCCUAGGUUUUUGACUGAGCAACUGGGUGAGUUCUGGAAUGCAGAAAUGAGGCAUCCUGGAGGAGGAACAGAUUUGGAGGAGUGUGGACUCAGAAGUUCUGUUUUGGCCAUGUUAGGUUGGAGAUGCUGAGUAGGCAGGUGGAUAUCCAGGUCUAGAGUUCAGGGUACACGUUGGGACUGGCAAAAUUAAUUUGGGCAUCAUUAGUGAAUAGCCAUGACAUUGUAUGGGAUCACUUAGUGCAGCUAGAAAAAAGAAAAGGACUGAGCCCUGUGGUGUAAGCCAGCAUUAAGAAGUAGAAGAGAAAAGGAGGAACCAGCAAAAGGCUGAGAAAGACCCACCAGUGGCUAGAAGAAAAGUGAGGAGACUGGUUGUUGUGCUGGAAGCCAAGUGAAAAAAGUGUUUAGAACAAGAGAGGGAGUAUUUAUUGGUGUGGAAUGUUGCCUGUAUACCUGGGUAAAAAAGUUUUAGCUGCUUUCAAGUAAAUGUGAUAGUGUCCCCAAUAGAUAACCUUUCUCACUUAGAGAGUUCUCUUUUGUUUUUAAGUUUGCAGUCCAAAUAACUUUCCAUAUUGUUAUUCAGAACAUGAUAUCUUGGUCGUUAAGAUCAAGUGGAACUUUCAUUUGUGAGAAGGGAUUUAAUUAUUUUUCAUGAUUUUUUUUUUUUUAAGAUUUUAUUUAUUUAUUUGACAGAGAGAGACACAGCGAGAGAGGGAACACAAGUAGGGGGAGUGGGAGAGGGAGAAGCAGGCUUCCCGCCGAGCAGGGAGCCCGAUGCGGGGCUCGAUCCCAGGACCCUGGGAUCAUGACCUGAGCUGAAGGCAGACGCUUAACCGACUGAGCCACCCAGGCGCCCCUUUUUCAUGAAAUUUAAUCCCUAACAAUCUUCCAGUCAUGGAAGAAAUUUCUAAACCUAAGUUUUUGUUCCAGGAAAAAAAUAUUUUUCCCUUAGGUUUGUCUUUUUGUUCAGUAGUGAUUUCCUGGGUAUCUUUUCUGUUCAUAUUCUUCUCUUGAUCCAGUUUUUUAACCCACUUAAGAUUAGAUGUGCAAAUAAGCCACAUCUAGUUAUUUGAAAACUCUUUUUUGAAGAAUGUUCAUGGCAAAGAAAAAAAAAGAUUUAAAUAAGAAUAGCUAUUUAGCUGUAGAGCAAACAUUGCCUAGAAAAGAAAAACAGAAAAUUUGAUUUAUUAUCCCAACUGUACAGAAAGAAUACUUUCUUUACCUAGUAUUUAUGUAAAAUUGUUGACAUUAUAAAUAUUGACUUAAUAAUGUUCAAUACUAAGUUGCUGUUAGAUUUCUAACAUUUUGGAGUCCCUGGGUGGCUCAGUCUGUUAAGCAGCUGCCUUCGGCUUGGGUUGUGAUCUCAGGGUCCUGGGAUCGAGUCCCAGUCGGGCUCUCUGCUCAGUGGGGAGUCUGCUUCUCACUCCCUCUGUACUCUUCCCCUCUCUCAAAUAAAUAAAUAAAAUCUUUAAAAAAAAUAUUUCUAACAUUUUAUUUUUCUUUUCAUCAUAACUUCUUCCUCUUGGUCUUGAGGAUGAUCUGGAAAGAAAAGUAGAUAAGUCUGUGGUGUCUCACAUAAAAUUUCUGUUGUUUGCAGACAUUCUCUCUUUAUAUCAGAUACAUUUUAUAUCACUCAAUGGUUUACUAGAAAUAAGAAAAAUUAUUCUCUAAAAUUGAUAUUAUAUUGGGGCACCUGGGUGGCUCAGUCUGUUGAGCAUCUGACUCUUGAUUUUGGCUCAGGUCAUGAUCUCAGGGUUGUGAGAUUGAGCCCUGCCUCAGGGAGGGCUUAGCUGGGAGUCUGCUUUUCUACUUCUCCCUCUCCCUCUGUUCCUCCCUCUCCCCCCUGCCGCUCCCCCCAAUUGUACUCUCUCUCUCACAUAAAUAUAUCUUUAAAAAAGAAAAUAAAAUUGGUAUUUUUAAAAUCUCUUCAAUUGAUGUAACUUUGUACUUCAUUUUUUUAAUAUAGAAAGACUAUUUUUGUCAUAUAAAAACAUUGUUUUUUAUAAAGAUGGAUGCUAUGGACUGAAUGUUUAUUUCUCCCAAAUUCAGACAUUUAAGCCCUGACCCCUAAUGUAUUGACCCCUAAUUGUAUUUGGAGGUGGGGCCUUUGGGAGGUAAUUAGGUCAUGAGGGUGGAGCCUUCAUCAAUGGGAUUAGUACCUUUAUAGGAAGAGACAAGAGAGGUACUGAUCUUUCUCUCCACCAUGUGAGAAUACAGCAAGAAGGUAGCCAUGUACAAGCUAGAAAGAGGGCUCUCACCAGAACCUAUCCAUGUUGGCACCCUGAUCUUUGGACUUCCAGCCUCUAGAACUGUGAGAAAUAAAUUUGUUUUUUAACC